AUGUCUCACGAGGAAGAUCUCAUCGAUUACUCCGAUGAGGAGAUCCAGCCCACGGAGGCGCCAGCCAACGGCGAUGCUGCCGCAGUCAAAGGCGACCUCGCCCCCGGAGGCGCCGGUGACAAGAAGGGCAGCUACGUCGGCAUUCACUCGACUGGAUUCCGCGAUUUCUUGUUGAAGGACGAACUUGUGCGAGCGAUUACGGACUGUGGUUUCGAGCAUCCUUCCGAGGUCCAGCAAGUCACGAUCCCUCAAGCCAUUCUUGGCAACGAUGUUCUCUGCCAAGCCAAAUCUGGUCUCGGAAAGACUGCAGUCUUUGUCCUUGCAACUCUUCAACAAAUGGACGAAAAGCCAGAGGCCGGUGUUGCGACGGUCCUCGUUAUGUGCCACACCCGUGAGUUGGCCUACCAGAUCAAGAACGAGUAUGCCCGAUUCGCGAAGUUCUUGCCUGAUUUGAGAGUUUCUGUCUUCUACGGCGGUACUCCGGUCCAGAAGGACAUCGAUAUCCUUGCCAACAAGGACACCCAUCCUCACAUUAUUGUUGGAACUCCCGGCCGUAUCCAUGCCCUCGUUCGCGACAAGAAGCUUAGACUUGCUAACCUCAAGCACUUUGUUCUCGACGAAUGCGACAAGAUGCUUGACCAGCCCGACGAAGAUAUGCGCAACGAUGUCCAGUCCAUCUUCAGGGCCACACCUUCGCACAAGCAGGUUAUGAUGUUUUCUGCCACGUUGGCCAAGGAGAUUCGAGUCAUCUGCAAGAAGUUCAUGCAGAAUCCUCUCGAGAUCUACGUCGACGACGAGAAGAAAUUGACUCUCCACGGUCUGCAACAGUAUUACAUGAAGCUUGACGAGCGCGAGAAGAACCGCAAGCUUAAUGACUUGCUAGACACCCUUGAGUUCAACCAGGUCAUCAUUUUCGUGCGUUCUACCCUGCGCUGCACUGAGCUCGACAAGUUGCUCCGAGAGUGCAACUUCCCCAGCACUGCGGUUCAUUCAGGCAUUGGUCAAGAAGAGCGUAUCAAGCGAUACCGGGAGUUCAAGGAGUUCCGUACCCGAAUCUGCGUCUCCACUGACAUCUUCGGCCGUGGUAUCGAUGUUGAGCGCAUCAACGUUGCCAUCAACUAUGACAUGCCCGAGAAGGCGGACGCCUAUCUGCAUCGUGUCGGACGUGCUGGCCGUUUCGGUACCAAGGGUCUCAGUAUCUCUUUCGUCAGCAGCCCCGAGGACGAAGCUGUCUUGAAGUCGAUUGAGGAACGAUUCGAUGUCGCACUUCCCGAAUUCCCCGAGGAUGGUGUUGACUCCGGUACCUACAUGGACAACUAAGGUAGUUCAGUGACGAGAAGGUGCAAAUGCACAUUCAGAUGGACUCCAUUUCUUCAAUUGUUCUUCUUUGUUUGGGAAACAAAAUAUCCUCGGAUCCGAAAGCCCUAUCAAUUGUAUUGCAGGAAAAUCCAGCUCGGCGUUGGAUGGUUUGGUUCAGAAAUUAGGGCGCCUUGUACCCUGAAGGUGGAUAGCUGUUUCCUCCUCUAGGGCUGUCUUGUACAGAAGAUUUAAGAAUACAUCGAUCGCCACAUCUCUUUCUCC